GCAGUGCUUCAGGCUUCAGCAGCCUUGGAGAAGCAUCAGCUGAGAGGAGCUAUCACAUGGGAGCCGGGACUGCUCAGCAAAGAUGGAUUUAUGAGGAAACUGAAAUUCAGAAGAUUCACAGAGUUAGUAAUGCCCAGAACUGGGACUAGAAACUAAAUUUUGUGCUCCUUCUACUCCCCAGCAGCUCUUGCCAUUCUGAGGAGACAAGAAAUCAGGAAAUUUACAUAAGGAACCCUAAAACUGAGGCACUAUCCCAGAGAUCAGCAAGACCCUGGGAAGGAGAAACAGAGGAUUUAGAAUCCCCGGCUAACAGUUCUGGAAAGGGUAGAAGGGUACGGAGAACAAGAAUGGCAGAAAGGAGAUGGAAAAGGAAGAGGUGAAGGCCAUUCCAAAGGCGGAGUGUUGAGUGGGUCAGGCUCCUGCACCUCUCAUGUCUCCUGCACCUCUCAUGUCUCCUGCUUCUUAGCAGUCACCAAGGCAGACUCUGGAGCUACCUCCGGCCAGAAAGGGGAUGAGCUUCUGAUCCUUCAGCUGCCUGGCCGGGCGCUCUGUACGCAGACAAACCUGCCCAAGAGGCUCCAGUGGGAGGUGCCCCCUACGAAACCGGGAAGCCUGGGCCUGGGCUCGCCAUCCCAGGGUCGCUGGACUAGGAUGGGGGAUGGGCCUGUGACAGGAGGUACCCUGGGUGCCCUCUUUCGGCCCCAUGGAGUCCUCACCCAUCCCCCAGUCAUCAGGGAACUCUUCCACUUUGGGGAGGGUCCCUCAAACCCCAGGUCCCUCUACUGCCAGUGGGGUCCCAGAGGUGGGGCUACGGGAUGUUGCUUCGGAAUCUGUGGCCCUCUUCUUCAUGCUCCUGCUGGACUUGACUGCUGUGGCUGGCAAUGCCGCUGUGAUGGCCGUGAUCGCCAAGACGCCUGCCCUCCGAAAAUUUGUUUUCGUCUUCCACCUCUGCCUGGUGGACCUGCUGGCUGCCCUGACCCUCAUGCCCCUGGCCAUGCUCUCCAGCUCUGCCCUCUUUGACCACGCCCUCUUUGGGGAGGUGGCCUGCCGCCUCUACUUGUUCCUGAGCGUGUGCUUUGUCAGCCUGGCCAUCCUCUCGGUGUCAGCCAUCAAUGUGGAGCGCUACUAUUACGUGGUCCACCCUAUGCGCUAUGAGGUGCGCAUGACGCUGGGGCUGGUGGCCUCUGUGCUGGUGGGUGUGUGGGUGAAGGCCUUGGCCAUGGCUUCUGUGCCAGUGUUGGGAAGGGUCUCCUGGGAGGAAGGAGCUCCCAGUGUCCCCCCAGGCUGUUCACUCCAGUGGAGCCACAGUGCCUACUGCCAGCUUUUUGUGGUGGUCUUUGCUGUCCUUUACUUUCUGUUGCCCCUGCUCCUUAUCCUUGUGGUCUACUGCAGCAUGUUCCGAGUGGCCCGCGUGGCUGCCAUGCAGCACGGGCCACUGCCCACGUGGAUGGAGACACCCCGGCAACGCUCCGAAUCUCUCAGCAGCCGCUCCACGAUGGUCACCAGCUCGGGGCCCCCCCAGACCACCCCACACCGGACGUUUGGGGGAGGGAAAGCAGCAGUGGUUCUCCUGGCUGUGGGGGGACAGUUCCUGCUCUGUUGGUUGCCCUACUUCUCUUUCCACCUCUAUGUUGCCCUGAGUGCUCAGCCCAUUUCAACUGGGCAGGUGGAGAGUGUGGUCACCUGGAUUGGCUACUUUUGCUUCACUUCCAACCCUUUCUUCUAUGGAUGUCUCAACCGGCAGAUCCGGGGGGAGCUCAGCAAGCAGUUUGUCUGCUUCUUCAAGUCAGCUCCGGAGGAGGAGCUGAGGCUGCCUAGCCGGGAGGGCUCCAUUGAGGAGAACUUCCUGCAGUUCCUUCAGGGGACUGGCUGUCCUUCUGAGUCCUGGGUUUCCCGACCCCUACCCAGCCCCAAGCAGGAGCCACCUGCUGUUGACUUUCGAAUCCCAGGCCAGAUAGCUGAGGAGACCUCUGAGUUCCUGGAGCAGCAACUCACCAGCGACAUCAUCAUGUCAGACAGCUACCUCCGUCCUGCCGCCUCACCCCGGCUGGAGUCGUGACGGGCCACUGGACACUCGGAGGGAUAUGGGGCUGGGGGCCAGUUAUGAUCGCAAGGACCACCUUGUGGGAUCACCUUUUCCCAGCUGGCUAGGGCUGAGGCUGGGGUCUCUGCACACAGCUUUUGCUUAGUGUUUCCUGGGUCAGGAACAGAGCCAACAGGAUGAACGUGUGCAAAAGCCUUGGACUUGGCUGUGAUCUUUGACUGCUGGGGGAGGGAACCUGGGUAUGGUGAGACGGUGACGAGAGAAAAGGGUCACAAAGGUGAGGUGAAGCCUCUCAACUGGUGAAAUUUCCAUGCUUCCAGAAGCAGGGAAUUCUCUAAGGGUAGGAGUUGGAGGAUACAGGGCAGCAGGCCAGGUUUUGAGUUAUUCUAGGGGCCAUUUAGGAUAUUUUAUUUUUCAGUGUAGUUGUCCAGGGCAGUAAUUGCACCCAAGCAAGGUAAGAAAAUGACCCGUGUUUUCUCAUUUCCUUGCUAGGUUUUAAAAGAACUAAAUUAUAGCCAAGUGUUUCCACUUAAGUUAAUAGAUCAUUUUUCUGGUUUUAUACCUGAGAUUUCCUUAAAAUGAGAGGACCAGUAGGGUGUUUUCCUUUACUGAGUUUGGCCAGAAACAAGGCAAAAUAGAAAUUAGGGUACAUGGAGUAGAAGAUAAGAAAGCUGACUGCAGCUCUCUCUCUCCCACACUUCAGGAAAUGCCCUUCUGUUCUAUUUUUCUGUCUCUCUCCUGCACACAGGAGAUCAAGGGUAGAGCCUGAUCUUAGCAGAGACAAGAAUAAGGCAGGAUGGCUUUCUUCUCUUUUAGGAGGAAGAAUUAGAGUGACUGGGGGUCAUAUGGGCGAGGGUGGAGGUUAGCAUUUGAAUUGGUAAGGUAGCUGGAAACAGAGAGGCCAGGUAAUCAGCCUGAUCAAUAAUACUGCGAAUCUUUUCUUUCCAGGACUGGCCUCCCUGAUCUCUCUCCUCAUGGCAGCGACCCACCUCCAGUCCCCUGGACAAUCGGGUACAAGAGACUUAAGGUUGGGCAUGGGAAGGGUGGGGUUUCCAUGAUCCAUUAAAUGCCUUCCUACUCCCAUUCAUCGCUCUCAAAAUUAGCUUCAGUGACAAAGACUUAAAUCUCUCUCCUAUCUGCAGCACUGGGUUGGAGAGAGGGCACAGGAGUCGGUCUUGGCUGUUCAUUGAUUGAACAUUGUAGGAACUGUGUUGGUCGGUAUUGGUGGUGGUAUUUUCAACAAAGAGGGAAUAAUUGCAAACUGGACAGGACACCCAUCUGGGACCACCUGUCCAUCUUACUUCCCUCAAUUGAAUCAGGUAACACUAACGGGUCAAGGCAGGGCCAGAGGGUGGUGUGGUCUGUAUUUGAACAAAUUCUUGGCUCACUGAGUAUCAAAGGGGGAAAUGGGCUGGUGGGAGUGGGAUAGUCUCCCCUUUAAACAGCUAAUAAAUAAUUUUUAUGAUAAAAGGUUAUACUGAUAUCAACAUUGACUCCUUUAGUUCAAUUCAGUGCAUAAUAGUUGAACACCCACUAGUCCCUGGGACCCACACAGGGUGUGUGGUCAUUGCUUUUAAGGAGUUCAUAGUCUAAUUUGAUGAGAUACCUUAUAUUUUCACAAACCACUUUGAUCUGAUAAAGCACUACAGAAUGUGCUUGAGAAAUAUAUUGGAGAAUAUGUCCAUGGCUCUAACUUCUGAGAGUUCAGCCCCUGGCAGCAAGAUGCAUAAUGGAAGCUUCCUGCAGAUUGUGGAAAGCACAGGGGUUGUAAAUGAAACUAAUGAAGAAAAAAAAUUAAAUGAAACUGGGCAAACAGCUUUCCCCCUUUGUUCUAGGAAAAUUUCUAGGUUUGUCUUCCUACCACUAGAUUAUUAUACCAGUCUAGUGUCUAUUACAUUGAGGAAGUCCCCUAAAAACAUAGUAUAUAUAGGAAGGAGAGUCCUUUGUGAUUGAAAAACAUGUUCACCUCUCCUCUCUAUUAAAAUAAAUGCAUAUAGAGGAAUCAAUCAUUCCUACACAGGGAAAAAACUCUUCUUUCAAACACCACUGAUCAGCUAUCAGAUCCAAAGCAUUGCCAGCAGGUGGCAGUGUGAGUACAAUGGAAGGAGGAAAGGCGAGUGUAUGUGGUGGGAGGAGGAAGGGGAGGGCAUUAAACAUUGCCUGGCAGCCAUUUUGUUAAUUUAUUUUGCCUUUUCCUUUGACUUUGCCCUCCAGCCCUUCCUUCACGUACAUCAAAGAAGAAAGUUUUAAGAGCAAGGGUAUCUUUAAUUCAGGCUGAAAUUUCCUGACACUGGGAUCUCACUGGUGUUUAUUACAGAGUUUGACAUACAUGGGUUCAUUUGCCAUUUAUUUUUCCCUGUAGGAGUGGAUCAUGAAGGAAAUAAAAAUUUCUCUUUUAUUAUGCUGAGAACUUUCCCAACAAUUUCUGCUAUGACCACCUUCCAGGAGUUUUCUAGUCACCAGAUGCCUUGGUAAAGUUCAAUACGUAAUCUUUGGCUCUGAAAGCUGUUCCUGGACAAAAUCUCAGCUAACUCACUGAAGAAUCAACAGAUUGAGGCAACCAUCCGGUCAGUUACUUUUUCCUGCAUCCUGCUGGUGUUGGGGUAACUCCCAAUCCUAGAUGAAAACCUUAGACUUUCUGUUGUCAGGUGUCCCCAGGCAAUCUCCUACAGGGGCAUGAUAGAAAAGGGUAACUCUGGGGUCAGACAGAUCUACUUACUCACUGUGUGAAGUUGGGAAAGCUGCUUAAUUUCUCUGAGCCUACUUCCUCACCUGUAAAAAUGGGGAUCAUUAUUACCUACCUCACAGGGUUGUUGUGAGGAUUAAGAGAUGGGAUGUGGAAGCACCUAGCCGUAUCUGGCAAAUAGGUACUCAAUAAAUACUGGUUUUACUUCCCUU